CAGGAUAUGAUGAGGGAUCCGGUGAUGGCAGCGGACGGAUUCACAUAUGAGCGGCAGGCGCUGGAGGUCUGGCUGCUUAGUCACAACACCAGCCCCAUUACUAAUGAUCCCCUGCUGCACAAGCACCUGAUUAGUAACCACAGCCUGCGCUCCGCCAUCAUGGAGUGGCAGGCUAAGCCGGGAGCAGCUGCCUAA